UGCAACAAAGAUGGUGUUUAUGGCACGGGUUCCCUAACACUUUGGAUUCCGGUUGUAGUCUUUUUUUUUUUUUUUUUUUUUCUAAGAUACGUGGUCGCAGACGGAGGAAUGGAUGCCAGAGACAAGCAGGUGCUCCGCUCGCUGCGCCUGGAGCUGGGUGCCGAGGUUUUGGUGGAGGGGCUGGUUCUGCAGUACCUCUACCAGGAGGGGAUUCUGACAGAAAACCACGUUCAAGAAAUCAAGGCUCAAACCACGGGCCUCAGAAAAACAAUGCUGUUGUUGGAUAUCCUGCCUUCCAGGGGCCCCAAGGCAUUUGACACCUUCCUAGAUUCCCUGCAGGAAUUCCCCUGGGUGCGAGAGAAGCUGGAGAAGGCGAGAAAUGAAGCCGCGACUCAGCUGCCCGCCGCAGGUGACUGGACGGCAGGAAUCCCUUCACACAUCCUCAACAGCUCCCCAUCAGACCGGCAGAUCAACCAGCUGGCCCAGAAGCUAGGCCCGGAGUGGGAGCCCAUGGUGCUGUCUCUGGGACUGUCCCAGACCGACAUCUACCGCUGCAAGGCCAACCACCCCCACAACGUGCAGUCGCAGGUGGUGGAGGCGUUUGUCCGCUGGCGCCAGCGCUAUGGGAAGCAGGCCACCUUCCUAAGUUUGCACAAGGGCCUCCAGGCCGUGGAGGCAGACCCCUCGCUGCUCCAGCACAUGCUGGAGUGACCCUGCCCCUGCCACUUGCUGGGGCGUGGGCCCCCAAGUCACAGGCCCAAGUCACACAGGCCGAAUCGGACUUCACCCAGCAGGUGGCUUCGCUCUGGGUAAUUUUUUUUUCUUUUCAGUGAGCCUUAGGCGGAAGGAGAACACCUGUAGUCUACCAGCUCAAUAAUCCAAUGGCCUUAAUUGCUUGAUGAUUGCAUUGUUGUGACCGCAGUUUUGAACUGCGUGGUUGCCUUUUAACAGAGGUCCAGAAGAAAAACAAAACAAAACCAAAAAAGCCCCAUGCUACUGCAUUGCACACAGGUGCCCUACAUACGAAGGAAGCAUCUGCUCUUACAUUGCCUGGAAACUGGACUGUGGACUUAGCUCUUCAUAAUGAUGAUGAUAAUAAAAACUGAAUUGUGUAAUAGAAUGUGCCUUUUUUCAUGAGAAAGUAUACCCCCCCCAUUCUUCUGCUGCAUAGUUUGAGGGUGUAAAAUUGUGGGUGUGGAGUGAGUUUGAUAGCGACUGGGAAAUAGUGGGGAUAAGUAGCUCAGGCAGAAUGAAGGGAUUAAGCCCGGAGUUAGGCCCGAAGGGAUUAAGCCCGAGACACCAAGGCUCCCUGCGGAAGCCAGGAAGAGAACUGAAGCCCCCCCCAUCCUAAUGGAUUGCAUAAGAAAUCUCUGUCCCUUUUUUAAAGGGAAUUGGGUCUGAGACA